GACGGCUAGUAUGUGCGGAGCUAUCAAACGGACCCAAAAUAACAUACCGGAAAUCUGGAGAGCACGAAAUAAACAUUGGCGUUAAUGCUUAAAUUAUCUGACUUCCAGCUAUUUCAGAGUCCUCCGAGUGGAUAAAAUGAACAACAUGUCCCCCGAGGUUGCACUGCAUCGGAUCUCCCCCGAGUUGCGGCCGAUGCUGUGCAGCGUUGUGCGGGACGGCCGUGUAGGACUGGACUCCACCAACUGUCUCCGUGUCACAGACCUCAAAACGGGAUGUACAUCGCUGACCCCUGGUCCCUGCUGUGAUCGCUUCAAACUUCACAUCCCCUAUGCUGGAGAAACCCUGAAAUGGGAUAUCAUAUUCAAUGCACAGUAUCCAGAAUUGCCACCAGAUUUUAUUUUUGGAGAAGAUGCCGAAUUUCUCCCUGAACCCUCAGAACUACCACACUUGGUCCAGUGGGAUGCUGGGGACCCAGAAUGUUUGCUCCAGCUGGUGAAGGAGCUUAUCCAGCAGUACCAUCGCUACCAAUGCCAGCGGCUGCGUGAAAGCUCCAGGCUGCUCUUUGAGUACGACAGUCUGCUGGAGGAUCCCAACUACGGCCGCAACAUGGAGAUUUACGCCGGACGCAAGAACAGCUGGACGGGGGAGUUUUCAGCCCGUUUCCUCCUCAAACUCCCUGUGGACUUCAGCAACAUCCCCAUCUAUCUCCUUAAGGACACAGCGUUGGACCCUGGAGAGGAUGUUGCCCUUCUCUCAGUGAGUUUUGAGGAUGCUGAGGCUACCCAAGUCUUCCCAAAACUCUUCUUAUCCCCCAGCAUUGAACAUGCUCUGGGAGAUUCCUUAGCCCUUCAAAUCCCAGCAUUCCCCAGUGGCGGAUGCCUAAUUGACUACGUCCCUCAAGUGUGCCAGAUACUCAACAACAAGGUGCAGUAUGUCAUCCAAGGCUAUCACAAGAGGAGAGAGUACAUCGCUGCCUUCCUCAGCCACUUUGGAAUGGGUGUAGUGGAGUAUGAUGCUGAGGGAUUCACAAAACUCACUCUCCUGCUAAUGUGGAAGGACUUUUGCUUUCUAGUACACGUGGAUCUUCCACUGUACUUCCCGAGGGACCAGCCCACCCUCACCUUCCAGUCUGUGUACCACUUCACCAACAGCGGCCAGCUCUAUUCUCAGGUGCAGGUGUCGUACCCCUACAGCCCUCGCUGGGAUGGCAAUGAGAUGGCAAAGAGAGCGAAGGCGUACUUCAAGAGCUUCAUCCCUCAGUUCCAAGAGGGAGCCUUUGCCAACGGGAAACUCUAGUACUCUCUAGCUUAAUGACAUGCCUGGAGAGUUGCCUGUGGGAGUGUGUGUGUGUGUGUGUGUGUGUGUGUGUGUGUGUGUGUGUGUGUGUGUGUGUGUGUGUGUGUGUGUGUGUGUGUGUGUGUGUGUGUGUGUGUGUGUGUGUGUGUGUGUGUGUGUGUGUGUGUGUGUGUGUGUGUGCGUGUGUGUGCGUGCGUUUUUGUGUCUGCCAUUGUGUACCUGUAUAUGAGUAUGCACAGACUUACAUUCGUGAAAUGUGCUGUACUGUACAGUGAGAAUCACAGUGGGCUUAUUGCACACAGGCUCUGUAAAUUCCACGUUUUUUGAUUUUGAAAUGGUUGCCUCUCAGUCCGUUCACUUCUUUAUUUUAGUUUUAGUGAGAAGCCACUUUUUUUGUAGAAGUUUAGAAGAAGAUGUCCAGACACCACAACAUGCUAUGAACAAAAAACCUUAUACAACAAAACUCCCACGCAAUUUCUGAAAAGAGCACAGACUUUAAAACCCAGAAUGUAUGGUGUAGAUACAAGCAAGGGAUGUGACGAUUAAGUGAAAAUAGCAGACACAUGAACAUUGUGCUCAUGUCACACACUUUUGUGGGAUCAGACUAAAAAGAUGAUUGUUUGUCUUGCUGCCAGCUCACAGUAAAGGGCCUUUAUUUUCAAGAGAAACUCCAAACUUUGACAGAAACCGUACAAUCUGCCUGCCCAACCUAACAAUACCUAGGAUUGUUAAUGUUAUUAAGCCAAUGACUCCUGGCUUUAAGCAGUCAAACCACAGAGGGUUGGGUUCACAACACUCCACCCAGAGCUGCCGUGCUGUGAGAGAUAUUUGUUGAUAUGUAAACAAUAUGUAAACUAUUAAUGUACAUGUAAAUCACAAAGAGCUGUGGGGACGAUGCAAAAGACCUUUGUUUACUGUUUGUCUUUUGUCGCUCACGAUCGUCAAUUUUGGCUCAUCGGUCGAUGUUAAAAUGAUCUGCAACUAGUUUUGCCUUUUAAAGGUCCCAUGACAUGGUGCUCUUUGGAUGCUUUUAUAUAGACCUUAGUGGUCCCCUAAUACUUUAUCUGAAGUCUCUUUCCCGAAAUUCAGCCUUGGUGCAGAAUUACAGCCACUA